AUUUGGGUUCAGUGAGUAAAAGAAUUAUGAAAUCACGUGUGUGCGUGACAUCAUACGAAGAAUUCUGCUGAACGACAUUUCACUUGAUGAAUUUGGGGAUAAAAUGGACUAUUUUGGAUUUUUUGGGGUAAUUGAUAGCUUUUUUUCAUCAGUGUUUUCAGUUGUGAUUCUGUGGCUGUUGAGCAUCUUCCUUUAUGUAAAACUGGAUGAAUUUGUUGAAAUUCAGGAAAAGGUAAAGGAGAAAGAGGGAAGAAAGUCCAGUGACGAGACAAUCAAAGCGAAUUCACCUCUGGUCGCCAGCAUCGAGAACGCAGAGAAUUUUGUUGCCCUUUUCAACAACUGGCUGUUUGAAGUGGAUCAUAUAGACGAGGGGCCGCCAUCGGUGCUGGGGCAUAUCCACAAACUGCAGAACGCCGAGAAGGAGCUGAAGAAGAUCCAAAUGGUGAUCGAUUCCCUCGAGAAACAGAUUUUCUACAGAUUGAACCCUACAAAGGAUCACGAGAAUGAGAGGAUCCGGGGUCUUCUUGAAAAGUUUGAGCAUACUAAGGUUUAUGUGGAAUUAAGGCACUACUUGCUUCAUCGCGCUCAGACGCAGCUGAAGCUCUGGUUGCAGCGAGGAAAAUCACUGAAAAUCUGGUUAUCGGACUCUAUGGCCCUGCAGGAGCAGCUGCACCGAGAAGCAUCCGUGGCUGAAGCCCACAUCGCGGAACAUCUUCAGUUACAAAAGAUCCUGAUUAAAGAGAGCGUCUGUAUGGAGACAGAGCUGGGAAUCUGGAAGAAUAUUUUAUACCAGAUGACGGAUACCUUAAAGGAAGUUGGAAAUUACUCAAAGAAAUUUGAAUGCUCAUUGGGAAAAAAGACAUGUGACGAUGAACCCAAAAGAUGGUCUGAAGUUCUGAUUGAUGCCCUAAAUGAAGAGAUGGAUCAGGUUCUUCAUCGAUUUUCAGCGCUGACCAACCUAACAAAAUGUUACCAAAUGCAUCUGGAAGAACUUCAGAAGAUAAAAUCCCAUCAGUCCCAGACAAGGAACCCGAAGCUGGUAUUUUAAGCACUAGUGGACAUUUCAUUCAGUGACAGUCAUUGUGGGAUCCGAGCGGCGUGUCCGGGAUCUGCUCGCUCUGGAACCAGUGAUCAGUCCGGAGAACAUUUCAGGCUUUGGGCAGCAGUGAUGAGCAUCAGGUGCCAGCGAGGGUUAAUAUCUAAGAUAAUGGGAAGUGACAACUUCUUAAUAAAAAUAUGCAAACACAGGGGGCGUGGUCCAGCAGUUAAGAUCAUCCAGUGGAUGUGGUUAGAGGUGUUGUUGGGGUGGAGCUAUUUGCGUGUUACUGAAUGGGGCAUUUAGAAGAAGAAGAAUGUUUUUUAUUUAUCCCGUUUAAUGAAUAAAGCCGUUUCCUGCUGUUUCUAUA